UAACGGGUCAAUAAUCACUACAACAUCAGCUGAUUUUCUAAACUUGUAAAUAAAAAAAGUAUGUGAGGUAUGAUCUCAAAAUACAAAAUUAAAGAUGCCUCCUAUGUACAACGUGCCAAUUAUUCCUCAAAAUUUAAGAAGAGAAGAAACUGUGGUACAGAUAGCUGAUGCUCUAAAUUAUUUAUCAGAAACUGCAAAUGAUGUAUUUAAUCGAAUUAAUAAACGAAUAGAGUCCAACAACCAACAGUUAUCCACUUUAGUAAAUAGGAUUGAAGAUGCGCAUUCAAAAGUGUCUACAUUAAAAGGGGCGAAAAAAGCUACGCAAGUUUUUUCUAGCAGCAAAUAUCCCGCUGUUGAUGUGCACAGAAAUUAUAAAUCUGUUUUCGGAGACAUGGGUAAAUUGGAAAUAACAAGGUCUAAUAUAAAAUACAAGGAUGUUCCGUUUAAAAGUGUGCCUAAUGAACCUCUUCAAUUAUACCAUGUGAAAUUAAACAAUCCAAACUUGCAGGAAGAUAUUGGAGGGUUAGGUUCUGUUCCUUGUGAUGUUAACUCUAUCAAUGAUCUUUUACUGUACAAUACUGGAACAAAUCCAUACAAGAAGUACAUUAUAUCUGAUCCUCUACAAUCCUCCAUUACUACUAAAAAAGAAGACUCCGCAGAUACCACUACCGAAAUAUGUGCAGCUCCACAUUCCAUAUCUGAUAGAACCACUUUAACCAGAUCCGCUACUGAAUCAUAUUUUUAUGCACCUCAUUUAGGCGAUGUCCCGCGUAUUGAUGUACCAUUAGAUCUUCCAGACUUACCAGGCAUUGCUAACGAUUUACGUUACGUGGAUGAGCGUGGUCAAGGUAUUGCGCCAUCAGUUACAACUACACCUAACAUUCCAGACCUUCCACCAUUAGUAGAAGUACCACAGGAACCAGAGGAAAUUGCAAAUAAAGUAGUGCCUCCACCACCACCGCCAGUUGAAAUAAUUCAACCUCCAGUACCUCCAAUUCUUGAGCAAGAAGAGUUGAAUUUACCUGCGCCCGAAAGGAAUGAUAAAGCUGAAACACCUGCCAAAUCGGUAAAUAACGUGGUAAACCAGCCUAUGGCUAACAGUGAUAAUGCUCAUGCAAUGCUUAUGGAAGCUAUUCGUAAAGCUGGAGGAUCAAAAAAUGCAAAUUUGAAAGCAGCAGAACCUAAAAAAGCUGUGGUUGGUACAGAUUUAAUGGCUGAUUUACACGCUAAACUUUCACUCAGAAGAAAAGGCAUCUCCGGUUCUAAAAACCAAGAAAUACCUCAAUUUGACGCCAACUCUACUAUGAAUAAGGUUUCUGCUAUGAUUCCUCCACCGCCACCAAAACACGAUUAUAAUGAAUCGACCAAUACUGAAGACGAAGACUGGGACGAAUAAUAUUUCCUGAUAUUGUUAUAUUUAUAAUACUGUUAUGUAUUAUUGAGUUUAUUUUUUCUUGUAUCAUGUACAGUUUUAUAUACUUAAAAAUAUAAAUAUGCUGUGAUA